CCUAAAUUUGUGCUAUUUUGGCCGAUAUGAACUUAAACUCGACUUGAAAAUAAGGCCCUGGUCCGAUCACAAUACAGGGGAUGGAUUUAUGGAUGCAUGAAUAAGUAAUAUAUUAUAGCAACUUAAAACUCCUCUAAGUUCUUUUUCCCACAGAGCAAUCAUUGACAUGAAAUCGAUUUCACAAGCAUAAUUAAGAUGAUUAUCAGGGGCGUUUACAUACUAGAUGCAUUUACUAUGUAGUUGGCUCCUCCCGCUGCGCUCUGGAUAACCGGCUCUGUGAGUUCACAGCGGGGGUGCAUCGCUAAGGACAACCGCGUCUGUCUGGUGCUGCGCUUGGUCUCCGGAAUCUGCGGCAAAGGAGCAGAGGAGACGGCUGAUUUAGAGCUUAGAAAAAAAAUAAUAAUAAAAAAAAUAAAAAUAAAAAUAAUAAUAAAGGGCUUCAUCCAGCGAGGAGGAUUGAUUUCCCUCCGGUUGGAUUGGAGAUGACUGACAUGCUGCGGUUGGUGUCAGAUGGAGACGGACAGUCAUUACCGGUUCUCUCACAGUUAUCUAAAAACGACAUUGAAAAUAUUUGGGCAGAUGUGUCUGCUUACAUAGGACGACAGCUGACCUUACAACGGGGGGUCCACAUGACAGGACUGGGGACCUUCACCUUCUCCCAGCAGAGGUUGGACAUUGGUCACAAGUUCACAAUAAUCCAACGACCCAUUUUCCUCCUCGCUGGGAGACUGGUCCAGUCUCUAGGGUUAAAGCAGACCAGACCGCUGGCUACAGCAACACACCUUCCAGUGGUGCAAAUGAACUUUGCAGCUGUAUCGCAGGACACUCCUUUCAGUCGAGACGUGGCGGAGGGUUGCGUCAGAGAAACUCUACGUCUGCUCUUCAGGGCUUUGGCCUCUGAUAAACACGUGUUCCUCAACUUCGAGGGGAUUGGCGUUCUGGCAUUUAAGAACAACAAGGUCCACAUGAAAUUCAACAGAGAUUUUAUCACUGCCAUGGAUGGAACCGGUAGGCUGCUGAUGGCUUUUAAGAAUAGACCUGGGAGCAGUGUCUCUUUACUCUCCGGUGGACUAUCCAGGCUGCAAAGGCCAGAGACUGCCAACCCCGUCACCCUGCCAACUGUCUACUCCCCUAAGCCGGACAACAGAGCUGGCGACAAAGACGGACAGGACUUGUCACCGGGUGCAGACCAGAGGAACGCUGGAGGUGAAAGAGUCUUGUGCACUAGCCCUAACAAUCAGGAAAUUCAACCAAGGAGAGAAUCGAAAUCCCAUCAGACACUGCAGCCUGCCAAGAUGAAAACUGUCGGGCCUCCCGUGGAGACACACAAACCCACCACCGCCAGUUCAACCAAAGGGGAGCCCCUCAAGCUGGAGGAACGCUUCCCGAGUCCAAGCUGCUCUGGCCACACCCGAGCUGGACAAGAGCUGUGCUACCUGUGUAUGCAGAGGGCCCAAAGAAACGUCCCCGUGUACCUGAGGGAGCAGCAGCAGGCAGAAGAGAAAGCUCAGGAGAAACUCUUACUGCUUGAAGAACAACUGAGAGACGCCCGGUACAUGGAGGAGGAACAGGCAAAGGUGAAGGACCAACGGGAGCAUGCGAAGCACGUUGCCUCGUUCAAUCUGAAAAUGUCAGAGAAAAAAGUCAACGCACACUUUUCUGCGUACCCUAACUCAUUCAUCUUCCCGGCCCGACCCCUCACACCCCCCAGGAGGAUUCAGCAGCAUCGAUACAAGAGCGACCUCCAGAGCCAGAUAGGGAGCCGACAGAAACACGAGGCUCAGGACCAGCACAGCCGUCUUCUCAUGGAGCGCUUAGACCAGGUCCAGCUGGUCCAGGAGAUAGCUUUGAAAAAGGCUCAGCAGCUCCAGCAGAAACAGGAGAAAACUUCACAUUACAAAAAGGCUCUGGACACUCAGGUGGAGGACAAGAAGUGCAUGGAACCUGCUGCCGAGUGCCAGACAGACAAACUCACGCUGAACCGCUGUGAGACAGCAGCCAGCAACACAGAGAGCCGGGAGAGAGCACAAAAGCUCUUGCAGGAGAAUUUCAGCGCUGCCACCCAGAGGAAGAAGGAAGAAGUGCACAGUCGCCAGCUGCAGCGGCAGAAAGAAAGAGAAAUGCUCAGACACAACAAAAUGGAGUUGAUACUGGACCGCAUUAAUCGCUUUGAGAAGAAGAGAGACAUCAGUAAGUCACUGGAGGAAGAGUGGAGUCGCAGCACAGAGCUAAAACACAAGCGAGAGGAGGAGGAGAGGCGCUUCAUGAGGUCUGCUGAUCAGCUCCUGGUAGAUAAGCUUGCAGAGUACAGGCGCUGCUGCCAGUGUAAGAGGAGGACCACCAACUGUGGGGAGACCAACAUCUGGAAAGACUCUCAUUACUUCGCUGGCUCCCAGUUCAUGAUCUGAUAAUGAGGGAAGCCGACGGCAGCACCUGAACUUCGAUACCUCACAGCUUAGACAAGACCUCUCUGUUUUAACUCAUCAGCUCUAAAGAUCCAAAUAUGAGCAUAUUUUAGUGCAGUGGUGUGUAAUAGGUGAAAAUUUUACUUUUUAAAUUACUCCUUUCCUGAAUUAGUCCUUGGAGUUCAUGAUUGUUUGAUUUUCUGGAGUUAUUUUUUUUGCAUGUGUGUCUCACGUUUGCGUGGCACAAAAAUCAAACACAACAAUAAAAUGGUGUAGUUCGUCUUUUCAGACUUGCAGAUGGUUUAGACAAACACUUCCUUUGUGUAACGAUUUUUGUGAGGAUUGACAUCGUGCAUCCCCUAGCCCCGCAGUUACCAAACCUUUUCUGUCAAGCUCAUUCAUUUUUCACCAAAUAAAAUCAAGAAUUGGAAGGAAA